UAUUUCAGAUCCAUAUUGCACGAAUUCAGCAUGUGCUCAAUUAAUUGGAUUUAGUAAAGGCACACUUCUAGCGCACUGGAACGCACCAUACGUUCUUCCAUGAAGUACGUAACAUUUCGCUGAAAAACAACGUUUUCAACACGGGUUCCUAAAUGACUGUGGUGGCAGCCAGCAUCACAUAGAAGAUGAACAAAGGUGAUUGGGAAAACAGAUUGAAGAAGGUGGAAGAACUAGCUCAGUCCUUCCAGCAGUGUCCUUUGACCUCAUGCUACAAACCUAGGCUGUCCCGGCCAUGGCAGCCAUCCUCCAUAUGGAAGCUCUUCCCUCGUCAAUGUAUGGCUAUCAACUUUGCACAGAGUUGCAGAGAGGAUGUACACGUGUUUGCACUUGAGAAGGAACAGGCAAAGAUGGGUCAGAGGAUCUUCCUGGUCACCAGUUACAGUGAGCUAUGGCAUUACUACAGUACCUACAGGCAAUCUCUGAUGCAUUGCUAUGAGGUGAUCCCAGAGGGGGCUGUUUGCAAGCUAUAUUUUGACUUGGAGUUCCACAGGCCCUCCAAUAAGGGCUUUGAUGGGAAGUGCAUGGUGGCCUCCCUCAUCCAGUAUGUGUGUGAGAAGCUGGAGGAGGUGUAUGGGAUUGAGUGCUCUGGGAAAGAUGUUCUGAACCUUGACUCCAGCACAGAGGAAAAAUUCAGUCGCCAUCUCAUCUUCAUUUUACCAAAUGCAGCUUUUAAGGAUAACCUACAUGUCGGGCAAUUUAUCCAUUUGAUUCUGCAACCAGUGCUGAGCGUGAAUAGGAGGGGAAGUGAACUUGAGAAUGACAUGGGUGGAGUCACAGGGGACAGUGGCAAAAGGGGGCUGAUUGGAAGUCCACAGGCCAAGAGGCCCAGACAGGAAGAGAGGGACCUCAGCUUUCUGUUGGUGAAAAACAUGGACGGACAGGAUGGGCUUUUUGUUGACCUCGGUGUGUACACCAAGAACAGAAACUUCCGACUCUACAAGUCAUCUAAGGUGGGGAAGAAUGUAGCCUUCACUGUCGCAGAGGACAACAAGUUCAUCACCAAGCCUAAAAGGAACAUCUCUAUAGAGGAGAGCUUGUUCCAGUCCUCCUUAAUCAGCAACGUAAGUUUCACCGGUCAGAAGAUUCUGACAUGGGACCUCCAUGGCGAGAGGGACGGGAUAUGCCCCAAGCCUCAUGCUCAGCUGGGUUCGACUUCACACUGUGUUUCAGACUCUUUGGGAGGCUACCAGUGUUCUCCCCACAAAGAAGUGGACAACUUUGUUCUUUCUGUGGUGAAAAAGGAUGGCAUCCAAGGAAGCAUACGACGGUGGAAUUACUUUGUUUCAGAGCAGUUACUUGUCUACGACAUCCUAAAGUACCGCUGGUGUCAGAAUGUUCACCGGUGCCACAAAAGCAACAACAUCAUGAUUCUGGUGGAUCUUAAACAGGAGGUCUGGUACCAGAAAUGUCAUGACCCUGCUUGCAAGAGCUUCAGAUCUUCUAGUUACCCAUUACCACAGGACAUCUGCAUCAGCUACCUCAUAACAAUGGAUGAGGAGGACCAGGCAUAUCUGAUGGACGACGUGGGGAACAUCGAGCUCAGCCAGACACUCCCAGUGGAGAAGUACCUGGGGGGGCUCGGCAGCAACACUUCUCCAGGGAGAAGACCGCGAUCCCUGGGGGGGAUGACCAGGCUUACCUGGAGGCCCUGGAGGAUGUUGAGAGAAGCACAGGCGAUUUGGCAGAGGAUGAUGUCCCAGAUGAGCUUCUGCUCCAAAACAUGACUGAGUUUGAGUCCCUCAAAGAUUUGUGCUUGUCGGCCACUAAGUGCUAAGUGCAUUUUCCCUCAAUUCUGUUCAUGGAGAGACAGGGUGACCAGGCUUUUGCUCCAGCUCAGGGGGAACUCACCCCAUUCAACUAUUCAAGGACUUGAUGGUGUGUUGGUGGUGUCAGGUGCUGGGCUGGAACAAAAGCUUGCCAGCCUGUGAGUCUACAGGAGCAGAAUGGAAGAAGACUGCAUUAGAGGGAGGUUAUAUUUGUCCAACAGUUCAUUUCUCAUUUGUAAUACAGGCUCCUGAGUGAAGCAGUGGUCUAAGGCACUGCAUCUUAGUGCUAAAGGAGUCACUACAGACCCUGGUUCGAUUCCAGGCUGCAUCACAACCGGCCGCACAAUUUGCCCAUUGUCGUCCGGGUUAGGCAGUCAUUGUAAAUAAGAAUUUGUUCUUAACUGACUUGCCUGGUUAAAUAAAGGCUAAAUAAAAACAUUGAAAUUCAGUACAAUCCUCAAUUUCAAUUACUGGCAGUUAAUGCACUUUAUAAAAGAGGUUUUUCCCAAUUACUUAGGCCUAUAGCAGGGAUCUCCAACAGGUCGAUCGCAAGGUGCAGAUAGCUCGCAGCCCACCUAUGAGUAGCAAGCCAAACAAUUCUGAAAGUACAUGCAAUUAUCAUGUGUUCCACUGCAAACGGUCAUAAACAAAUCUCACAAGUAUCACACUGCAAGCUCUCAGCUAUACUAUCUAGUCAAUGUCGCAUUGACAUUAUCAAACCCCUGGUCAGCCACUAUUGGAUUAAAAACCCAAACCAAUAUCUGCCAUAUUAAUUUCCAGUAAUAUUGAGUUUGUCUAUCACUCUGUGUAGCCAGAAAUACUUUCCCAUGAAAUGAGCAGCAGCAGUACACCUUCCACAUAGAUAUGCAAUUAAAGGAUAAUUACACAUGGAUUUUUUUCGUUUCCUCCAGAUUCAAGCAUUGCCAUGGACUCAGAACAUCCAAUUGUAUUUGAGUGAAAAUGCAAAAAAAUCUAAACUUUUUUUUUUUUUAAGUAGCUCUCAUGGAAGAAAAUGUUGGAUUCGUUAGUGUGACAAUUACCACAAAUGUCUGGGAAUAUGCCAUUAAAAAGAGCAUCGUCAGCUGUGUAGUGCGCUGCACAAUAAAGCACCUUGCUUUGAAUGUCGGCCCUACUGGUUCUGAUAGCGUAGAAUUGUAUAUAGGAUGUUUCUGAUAACUGAACAUUUACAUUUAUUUAACUCCUUACCUGUUUUCUGGUCCUUGUUUGUUCUGGAUUAUUUUCUGGGUGAUUUGACUGCGAACCAUUUCUGCAAAUUGAGUCACCAAGCAUGGAAGGAAGCUAAAGUAAUUCCACUGCCUAAAAAUAGUAAGGCACACUUUGCUGGCCAAUAAGUUUGCAGCCUGUUCUUAGUAAACUGAUGGAGAAAAUUGUGUUUGACCAAAUACAUUUUACAUUUAGCAGACACUUAUCCAGAGCAACUUACAGUAGUGAGUGGAUACAUUUAUUUGUACUGGUCACCCGUGCAAAUUGCACCGACAAUCCAGGCGUUGGAAGUGCCAUGCUCUACCAACUGAGCCACACAAGGUAAUUCUUCAGGCACUCAACUAGUACUGCAUUGACUAGGAUGAAAGAUUAGUUAAAAUAAAUGGAUAAUAAGAUGAUAGUUGGAGCUGUAUUGUUAGAUUUCAGUGUAGCCUUUGUUUGAUCUUAAAUUGUUAUUAAAGAAACUCACUUGCUAUGACUUUUAAGUCACCUGCAAUCACAUGGUUGGAUAGUUAUUUAGCCAAUAGAACCCAGUGUCAAAUGGAUGUUUAACAUCAGAUAUGUAAAGUGCAGUGUCCCUUAGGGCAAUUGCCUUGGUCCGUUAAGCCUUUAUUUUUACAAAUGAUUUGCCACAGGUCGUACACGAAGCUAAAAUGACUGGAUGAUUCCACACAACAUAUCAGCACCCAAAAGCCAGUGAGCUCACUGAAAUUCUAAAUAAAGAGUUAGUAUCAGAAUGGGUGGUUAAUAAUAAACUAGUCUUAAAUACAUAACAGUAAGACCUAAACCUCAACUGGAGUUGUGCAUAAAGAGUGUGACCCCUGAGUAGGUUGAGGAAGCGAACCCCUAGGUAUAACAUUGGAGGGUCAAUUAUCAAGUCAUGAAGAUGGGAAAAAAAUGUUUAUACAAUCAACUGUACAAGUUAAGGCUUGUCCCACCUUGAUUACUGUCCAUCUGGUAAUAUGGUAAAGUGCGGCAAAGAAAGACCUAGCAAAGCUGCAGCUGGCUCAAAACACAGCAGCCCAUACAUAAGAUGCACGCCAGUCUAUCCUGGGUCAGGGUUCAUGAUGGAUGAACUGCUUCUCUUCUAGUUUGAGAAAUAUUACUGCAAAUGAAAAUUCCAGGAUUGUAUGCAUUAUCAAAUAGCAUUUAGCUUAGACACGUAUACAUAUCCCACAAGACAUGCCACCAGGGGCCUCUUCACAGUCCCGAAGUCCAAAACGAAUUCACAGCAACGCACAUUAUUAUACAGAGCCACGAAUGUAUGGAACUCCCAAUUACAAUUACUCAAGCAAAUAAAAUUACAUUUUGGAAAUGGAUUAAACAUCUCAUGGAGCAGAGGGAACUAUCAGGCAACAAACAUUUUUUAGAUGCAUUGUUUGUAUAUUGUAUUUUUUAUUAUGCGACUGUCCUUGUCUAUCAGUGUUUUGUUACUUGUCAUGUUCUGUGUUUUUUGUGGACCCCAGGAAGAGUAGCAGAUGCUUCUGAAAACACUAAUGGAAUCUAAAUAAACAAAUAAUGAAUAAAGUU